CCCUCAAUUGCCCUCAAAUCCGCCCAUCAUCUCCAUCCUGGACAAGACUGAGUGCAUUCGUUCACGUUCAUCCAAGCAAACGAAGCUUUUAUACAAACUGCACUGUCAGAGCCAGCCAUGUCGGAUCUCGCGAGUCUAGAUACCAGCCAGCACCCUUACCUGCCCCAAUCUGCCUCCCUCCUCUUUGACGCCAAAGCAAAGGCAAACCUCAGCUUCGAGCAGAUUGCCCAGCACAUAGGUCGCAAUGAAGUAGCCACAGCAGCAAUAUUCUACGGGCAGGCCAAGGCGUCUAAGGAGGACAUCAUCAAGCUCGCUGAGCUCCUGCGCUUGCCGGCCACCGCGUUAGAAAUGCAGAUGGGCGGCUUUCCGGAUCGAGGGCGCUCGGUGGAGAUGCCUCCGCGUGAGCCCUUGAUCUACAGAUUGUAUGAGAUCGUGCAGAAUUACGGAUACGCCUACAAGGCGAUCUUGAAUGAGAAGUUUGGCGAUGGUAUUAUGAGUGCGAUCUCUUUUUCGACGAAUGUGGAGAAGGAAACGGAUGAGGAUGGGAACAAUUGGGCUAUCAUUACAAUGAGAGGGAAAUGGCUUCCGUACUCUAGGUUUUGAUACAAUGAGAUAUGGUUAUUUUAUAUGUGGCCAAUCAACCAUAUUUACCCAUAUUUGGAUUUUCCUUGUCUACUUCUCAAUGGAAUAUUAAAAAACGUGGAUCAAGUAACCAGCAUUCUGUUUUGAGAUUUAUAUCUUCAGUCGUUGAGAAAUUUCUCACUGUCUGUUCUGCUAGUAUGAUAUCUAUGAGUGAACUAGCCAUCUUGUGAAUGUCGGGUUCACAUUAGACCACCAUACUAUCUGUCCCAUUUUACUCCAGA